AUGUCCACCGACUACAGCAAGAAGACCAACGCCGAGCUUGUGGAGAUCCUGAAGGGUCGCUCACUGCCUCAUACCGGCAAAAAGGCGGACCUGGUUGCUCGUAUCCAGCAGGAUGACGAGAAAGAAUCUACCGGAGCACCCGCCGCGGCUCCCGAAGCCGGUGCCGCCGAAGAUGUCAUCGAUUGGGACGACGACGUACCUGCCGAUUCAUCAGCGGACCCUCAGCCUGCUACCGAAGCAGGUGCCAACGCCAUUGCUGCCGGCGGCAAGGGCGCUGUUGCCAACCCCGUUGCAGUCCCCAAUCAGAAAUUAGACACCGAUCCUGCGACUACCGACGAUUUGAAAGUGGAAGCAACUGGCCAGGCAGAGCCUGCGGCCGCUCCAGAGGCUGAGACAAAGCCUGCUGUUGAUUAUACCCGUGGUCUACCCGCGACUGAGCUCGAGGAGGAAUUGCGGAAGCGUAAAGCUCGUGCAGAGAAGUUCGGCAUCGUCGAGGAUUCUGAAACAGCUCUGAAGGAAGCCGAGAAAACACUGGCACGGGCUAAGCGCUUCGGCACUGGCGCUGAAGCCGAAGCCGGUGUUAGUGUGAAGGGUUUGGAUCAGGCUCUUCCUGAGGAGAGGCGUAAGCGCUCUCGCAAUGACCAAGGCGGUCGUGGCGGUAAGCGUCGUGAUCAUGGGCAUGGACGCAAUCGCAACCGCCGUGGAGAUGGCAACCAGAACCAGAACCGUGGUGGUGGUGGUGUUGCGAAAAACGGUCCUGGCGCACCGAAUAGAGUGCAAAAGAGCUGGAGUGAGAAGGAUAACUCAGCAAUGGAGGCUCGUAAGAAGCGAUUUGCGACUGCGGCUUAA